CCGUCGCUGAAAGUUUUGAGGCAAUGCAAGUAGAAUACUCUGCUGAAGUUUGGAUACCGAAGGAAGUGACGGGACUGAAUGGGAGAAAAAAAAGGAAAAAUAAUAUGAGGAUAAAAACAGAAAGCAGAAUACGAAGCAACGUGCUGUGUGUACGAUCAAGAGAGAGAGUGGGAUACUUACAUCUCGCAUGAUUCUGAUAUGCAUUGAAGUCGUGCGUUUUUUUUAGUUGUUACAAAGUAACGUUAGCUGUGAAAUGAAAAGCAGAGAUUGAAUUCUUGAUCGAGGUGGGUUUACCUACCUAACGUUACUGUAUGCCUUUGACAAUUCACCGGAGUCGCGUUAAUGUUUGUACAUAAUCAAAUCAAUCACGGCAUGAAUUAUAGCGUAAAGCAUGGAAGACGAACAACUGGUUGGAUUUCAUAUAUAUAUUUUUUUUACAAAGAAUAGAUCGCAAAGGGGCUACCUGUUGAAACUGAAAUGCUACUAAAUAAUUAUCUGUUAAUGUUGAAUAGAGACGGUUGGAUUUCUCCUGGACUUUAGUAUUUCUCCUCUGUCAAGUUCAGUUCUGCGUCUUCUGGAAUGUUUGGGAGUUGUUUUCCACCGGUUUCAGCUCGAAUAAAUGCAUUUCUCUGGGCACUAAUAUUCUUAACAACGUUCGGACUUUGUUCAGAGCUGAAAGUUCGUGUUCGUUUAGCUGAUGGACAAAUCACAGAGGAAGUUCUAGAAGCAGACAGUGAAAAAGACUCCAUCACACUUGAGUUCAAACAGGAAGAUGGAACUCUCAUAACGUUUGUCGCUGACUUCAAACAGCAUGUGAAGAUCUUCCGGGCGCUCAUCCUUGGGGAGCUGGAGAGGGGCCAGAGCCAGUACCAGGCCCUGUGCUUCAUCUCGCACCUCAACCACAAUGAGUUCAUCCCCAGCGAGUCCAUGGCCCGACUCAGACAGAAAAACCCUCAAUCCAUUCGCAUGGCGGAGGAGAGGCGGGGCCUGGACCAGCUGACCAUGAACGUGGCAGUGAACCUGAGCCAGGCUUGGCAGCUCAGCAGCCACAUCCACAACAUGUGCAGCGAGGCCCGGGAGGCUAUCUACACCCGGGAGAGGGACGUCAAACAUUGGCUGGAGAGAGGAGUGGAGGGCUCCGUGUUUGAGAUCCUGCCCCAGUCGGUGGACGUGGUCCCGGUCCUGCUGUCGUGCCGCUCUACGAGAGACGUGUGGCAGCCCUGCUCCUGCAGCUUCAGCCUGCGUCUGGAGUGGUACCCCUGCCUGCUCAAGUACUGCCGCAACCGCGACACCACAGGCAAAGGCAGCCCCUACAAGUGCGGCAUCAAGAGCUGCAGCAAAGGCUACCAAUUCACCUACUAUGUCCCCCACAAACAGCUCUGUCUCUGGGAUGAGGAGACUUAGCAGCACACUGGCUGUGCAGUCAGACCCCCUCACCCCCCAAUGCUUUUCUUUUCCUCCCUUAUUUAAUUUGGAUAUCACGUUGGAGUUCAGUUCAUCCUGUCGUGAGAUGGUAGUAGUUUUAUGCCUUAAAUGGGACAGUUUAGGUUGAAAUUGAGACCAAAGCUAUACCCUCUCAAUGACUCCUUUUGACAUUUCCUAUAGUUGGGAUAUGAUGCUGCCGAAGUGUCCAGGUACCUACUGUGCCACCUAAAGUUACUCUCACACGUUUGUGCCCAGCUAAUAAAAAAAUGACUUCAAGAACCUCCUCUCAUAAGGACACGUUUAUGCAUACGGCUGGACAAGGCAGCCUUUUUUUCUACAUUUCUUGCCCAGUGGGAUGAUUGGUGAAGGAACAACGUUCCCAUAAUGUUGUCACAGGAAACCGUGGGAUGCGCAUCGGAACGGUCAGUCGGACAGUGACUUAUGACGUCAAUAACACCGCUUUAGCCAGCUCUUCCUGGUCGACGGCAACUCAGGUUGCAAUCAACAAUGUUUCUCUGAUUGCUGGGAUUAUUUAUUUGGUUGCCAGGUGAAAUUAUUGAAGAUUCUAAUGUAUAAAAUGACUAAUCUUAAGUUUUUUUUAUAUAAACUUCAUCCCAUUUUGUCUUUUGAUUUGUGUAGCAAAACAGACAGAUUAUAUACACAUUGUAAAAAAAAAACAUUAAAAAAAACAUUAGCAACACCUUCCUAAUAUUGAGUUGCACCCCCUUUUGCCCUCAGAACAGCCUCAAUUCGUCGGGGACAUGAACCCUACAUGGUGUCAAAAGCGUUCCACAAGGAUUUCUGGCCCAUGUUGACCGCAAUGCUUCCCACAGUUGUCAAGUUAGCUGGAUGUCCUUUGGGUGGUGGACCAUUCUUGAUACACACGGGAAACUGUUGAGUGUGAAAAACCCAGCAGCGUUGCAGUUCUUGACACGCUCAAACCAGUGUGCCUGGCACCUACUACAAUACCCUGUUUUUCAAGGCAUUUAAAUAUUUGGUGUUGCCCAUUCACCCUCUGAAUGGCAAACAUACACAAUCCAUGUCUCAAUUGCCUCUAGGCUUAAAGCUCCUUUGUUAACCUGUCUUCUCCCCUGCAUCUACACUGAUUUGAAGUGGAUUUAACAGGUGACAAUAAGGGAUAAUAGCUUUCAACUGGUCAGUCUGUCAUGGAAAGAGCAGGUGUUCCUAAUGUUUUUUACCCUCAGAGUAUAUUGUGAAAAUGUCUGGGCAUUGUAUUUAGUUAACAGUAUAGAUGCUGAUGCUAAUUUAAAGUACAUUGUUGAAUAGCAAGUUACUUCUUUCUAGCCUCAAUGUUGUUUUUCUCCUGUCAAUGUGAUAAAAAAAAAAAGAUUCUUGGGACCAAAUUUCAUGAAUCCCAAUUCACAAUGGAUCACCUGAGUAUCUGUAAACCCUCUGGGUUUGAGAGAGAAUGCCACUAACUUGAACAUCAUUCACAGCUCAAUCACUGACGACCAUGAUUGAUUUUUCUUUUACACACACUAUAUAUAUAUAUAUAUUUCAUUUUGACAAAGGUCUCCAAGUUAAUUUGCUUAUAUUUCAUUAUUCUUUCAAGAUUAGGGGCAAACCACAGUAAAGAUUCACAAAGGAAAUAUUCUCCAAGGAAGGGCUGAAGUUGCAACUUAUUUGAUUUGUGUUCACUUCUCAUGGAAUGGAUCUGAUAAACGUUUGAAGCAAUACCGUUAAUGCAAUGUGUAGCUAAUGCAUUCCAUUCAACGUUCAACACAUGGAUUAUUGGGGGGGGGGGGAGAAACAUCUAACCAUAGUCAGUGAAACCCUUUUACCAUUAUUACAUUUCUCAUGUCGGUUCAUUUCAUUAACAUCACAAUUAGUUAAAUGUACGUGUAGGACCUUCCUGAUUAUCACUUGGAUAUGUGAUUCCAUUCCACACAGAACACUUUGUUCAGGUAGGACUAAAAUAAUCAGCAAUCAGUAGGGAAAAGUCCAAUUUUAUUCCACAAUAUGAUCACUUGUCUGCUAUCCAAUUCCUAUACCUCAUUACGGCAUUUUACAUCUCGAGUAGCUUAAUGUGUUUAAUCAUAUUCAGUAGUAACUGGUACCUAAUUGUUUUGUUUUAUUCUGUCACGUUAUGCUAAUGUUCACUUUGUGUAUGACCUCUUCCUAACUCACAAACCAAAAUGUAUUUUUUUUGUUUGUUGUAAAAACCCUUCGAACUGUGGCCAUUCUAUGGUAACCUGUGUGCCUUAACACUUCAAAUGAUAUUUUUGCAAUGUAAAACUAGAGUAAAGUCUCUUGUAUUUUUCUAUGUAAGAGUUGUGUAUGUUUGCAAAGAGCAAUACCACAGAAAAUGAAGUCAUUUACAAUUCAAAAGUACAUUUUUGCCUGCAAGGGUUCAAUAAAGGCACCUCUUUUGCACUGCA